CAUAUAUAUACUCGCUCGUGCCAUCCAUCGGGUCAUCUGUGCUAUGCUCAAACUCUCUUCGUUUAUUGCCGUCGCCGCGAAGCAUUGCUAAGGCGUUUCAAUUCCAUGCCCUCUCGACAGUAGUCCCGAGCGGACACACUACGUAUUGUAAGUCCUCAUCUCGUUUAUAAUAAAUAUUUUUAAAGCUGAUUUUAGAGUAUUUUUAUCGUAGUCCCCUUUUUUAAUAUUGAGUUUUAAGAUGCUAACAAUACAGGUAUAAAAGUCUUACUCUUAAUUUGUUCUAUUAUUAGUAUUUUUCAGUAAUAGCCGUUACGACUUAUAAUCAGCUCUUAGUCAGCCGAUGGGCUCUACCUUUUAACAUAAGUUUCUUUGUCUUUUUCUUCUACUAGAAAAAUGCCCGUGCGUUGCAACGGGUAAAAACGUUUUUCCGUGGUACAACCGCUAUUAGGAACUGAGCAAUGAAUGAAAUAUUAGGAUCACUAUAUAUACAUUAUAAUUAAAAAACUUAAUAAAAAUUGUUCCUUUGUUUGGGUCGAAAGCCCAUUCUUUCCUCCCUCUGCUCGACCUGAUUCUCUCCAAUCUAGCCCACAAAUCGAGCGACAUGCCCAGCUCGUACAGCCGACUGUCCUAUCUCUCUGAUCCAGCCCACAAGUGGAGCUAUAGGCCUAAUUCACACAUCCAACCACCAUCUUCAACCUCCUAGUCCUAUGCCCGUAUGCAGGAGCUGAUUCUCCCUAUCAAAUCCAGUCAAAUCUUUUUUUAUAUCUGAAAAUUGGUCGAGGGGUUUUGAUUCACUCGAUCUACUCUUUCCGCUUUUCCGAAACAGAACGAAUCCGCAAAAUUAAAGGCCGGCCAACUAUCAUCAGCGACAAAAACUAAAUCCAAUGGAUUAAAGCGAAUUGAAAGGAAAAUUGUGAGAAAAAAAUGAUGAGAGAGGUGUGGGGAAUCAAUUUUUGUAAUCAAUUGGAGUAGAAAACGCAUGGGACACAUAUUGAAGUGGGACUGCGCUAGAUUUGGUAAGCAGUGGCGGCGUGCAACAUAUCCGAUAUGAGAUAUAAAAAAAACCAGAUAAAAAAAAUAGCGAAAAAAAAGGAGCAAAAGAAACCGAAUGAAAAAACGAAUCGAAAAAAAAAGCAGCGAAAAAAAGAAGACAGACAAAAAAAGAUAAAGAUGAAAUUAGAAAUCAACUCAAACACACGGAUGAUAUACCAAAAUCUCGGCAAAAACAUCUUCAAUUUUUAUAAUAGUGGAGAAACGAUAAAUCUAUAUAAUCAUUUAGCUCUUUUACCAAUAUAAAUACAUGUGAGAGUGCAAUAAAAUCUUAUUCUUUGGUUAUCUAUCUGUUUUUCUUUUCUAACGGCAACGCGUACUACUUUUAGUUAAUAUGUUCGCUUCGGCGUGCACCAUUUUAAAAUUCAAACUUCAUAAAUUUGACAAGCAAUUAGUCUAACAAUAUACGUUGAGUGAUACAAACACUAGUACAGAAAUCCUAAAUGGUGCCCGAUGGAAAACCUCUUAGGUGCCGGUUUGCCCAACCAACACCCGCAAGGCGGCACUGAUUAGCCAGGGUCAAAGGUGCCGAUUCCAUACCCGGCACCUUUGAGACGCACAGGAGAAAGAAAAAACUGGCUUGAUGCAUCGGCUAUAUUUUGAUUUAGUACGGACUGUACAGUACUCUCUCCGUCAACCAAAAAUAAAUUAACCUCACCUCGCACUAGAAUUUGAUGCAUCCUAUUAUAAUAAAUCUGCAUAUAAAAUAUAACAAUAUUUAUUGUAUUAUGAUAUGUCAUAUAUUAGUAUGAGAUUGAUUUAUUUUAGAACAGAGAGAGUAUCUUAGAAUAAGAUGAGACAUAAUCUAGUACAUAUUUAUUGUACUCACUCCAUUUCAUGAUAUAAGUCAUUUGAAUUUUCUCUUAGUCAAAACUUUUUUAAGUUUGAUCAAAUUUAUAGAAAAAUACACUAACAUUUUCAAUACAAAACAAAUAUAUUAUCAAAAUAUAUUCAAUGUUAAAUUUAGUAAAACUAAUUUAGUGUUAUAAAUAUUGCUAACUUUUUCUAUGAACUUGGUCAAGCCUUAAAAAUCUUUGACUCAGAAAAAAAAAUUUAAAUAACUUAUAAUGUAAAACGAAGGGAGUAUUAUAUUAGGUAGUACAUCGAAUAUGGUCCAGAUUUACUGUACCAAGAGAGAAGUAAAAGUGAGCACUCACAAUUACCGCCUCUAAACUUAGGGGUUGUUUAUAUUGAUGUUAUUUCAAACCAUGUCAUUUUUUAAGUAAAGUUGUCAUAUAUAUGUAUCAAUAUAGUUUCUUAGUGAAAAUCAUAAGAAAUCUUGCCAAAACUUGACAAUAUUACUAAAUUACCAAAAUUUGGUAAAAUUUAUUUUGGCUACAAUCUAAAGAAGCCCUUAACCACGUAUCAUGCAUGCAUUAAAUUAAGGGCUAUAAUAUUUUGUAGCUUACCCUUUUAAGCAACUACACGUGAAACUUUGACCAGUUUCUAAUUCACUUUAACUUAAUUUCACCACUCGUUCAUUUGACGAAAAAAAAAGGUUAUGCACACUACUGGAAAAAGCGUUGUUCCUGGCGGUAAAAACACAUUUUCGAGGCGGCCAAACCUUCCGUAUGUAUCUAAAGGCUCGUAAAAAUACCUAAAUUUUACAGGCAGACCAAAGCACCACCUGCGAAAAUGAUUUUCGCAGGCAGCAAAUCCAAUCUUUCCAGAUGCUGUAGGCGCUACAGUGCACGCCGCCGUUGUCGCUCCCUUUCCUCUAGCCAGAUCUAGGAGUGGGGAGGGAGAGAGGGGGAGCCGCCGCACCACCGUCGCCCUCCUCUCCUCCAGUCAGAUUUUGAGGGAGGGAGGGAGGAGAGAGUGAGGGGCGUGUGUGAGAGAGUGGAGAGGGGAAAUGAGUUGUGGGGAGGGGUGGAGGAGAAGAUAAGAAUGACUUAGAUUUUUUUUUAUGCAUGAUUUUUGCAUGCGGACCAUAUAACGUUCCGCAUGAGAAAAUCAAUUUUUUUCAGCCGGCUACUUAAGAGGUCCGUCUGUGCCCUGAAAAAUUGUUUUUCGUAGACGGAUGAUGAAAAUACACUCCGGUUUACAUUUUCGUAGACGGACAUUUGGCUCCGAGAAUCAUAUCCUACUAGAAAAAUAAAAGGCCAACAUCACUAAAAAUCGUUUUUUUAAGUAGUGACACAGUGUUCGAUGCAUAAUAAAACCGUUACAAACCUUCCUAUGUAACGGGUAAAAUCUUUUCUAGAGAUUUAGUGCUUUUUAUUAGAGCUGCGGCCUUGAACAUAUUGAACUUAAAACAGAAUAUAAAUAUGAUUAAUAUGAAUGCUUCUAGGUCGUUUUCAUUUCUUGAGCUUACCAACCUCCCAUUCCUUAUUUUCCACACACAUACUUUCCAGACUGGUAAAUGAAUGUUUUGUGAAUUUUUUUGAAAAAAAUGCUUUUAAAAAUCAUAUUAAUAUUUUUUAAUACUUAAUUAAUUGUGUGUUAAUUAUCGUUCCAUUUUUCAUGUACGAGGAAUAAUUAGUUUCGAAUCCACACCAAAGAACACAUAUAUAUAUAUAUCCUUGCAAAAAUACGCUGACAGUUGACAUAUUUCAAAAGGAUGUCCCAGAAUGUUGUAAUUUAACUAUUACACGAUAUUUUCUUCUUUCUUUUGUUGCAAAAUACGUACACAAUCAUUUUCUGUCGAACACUCGCGUUAUUUCUCUUCUUCUCUGACAAAGUAGUUUAGCCCAGCUGGGCAUGUCGAUCAACACGUUAGGCCCGGGUUUUAUUUUCGCUAAAAACUAGUAACAUUAUAGUCCUAUUAAUUUCUUGACAUGAUCCAAUAUGUUUUUUUUGCCUAAUUAACAGAGAAGGCUUCCAGAGUGUUAAGUCAUCCAGUUGGAGUACUCCGUACUUUGUCCAAAAUAUUGAACGGAAAACAGAUAAUCUGUGCACACAAUAUUCUAAAAUUGGAGGUAAAAUUCCAUGGAGGAAACAUCAGGCACCGACACUAACCUAUCAGAGAAUGUAGUAGAAACGAUCGACAGAUAUAGAUGGCCAAGAGGCCCGAGGCCCGAUGGCCCGGCACACAGCACGGCGUUUUGGUCCGGCCCAAGCACGGCACGGCCCGUCAGGGGUCAGGCCCGUGCCGGCCUGGCUCAACCACUGGGCCGUGCCUGGGCCUCUCCACCGGUACGUUGGGCUGGCCCGGCACGGCACGAUGGGCCGCAGGCUAGGCCCGACACAUAAACAAUAGGGAGUAAAAAUAGACAUAUUAUAUGCCAUGGUCGAAAGAAUAGGGACGUAAAAUAGACUUAUUUUAGCUAUAUAUAUAUAUGUCAACCCAAAGAGGAGGGACAGAAUAUAGACUUAUCUUCACUAUAUAUAUGCCACAGCCCAAAGAAGAGGGACGAAAAAUAGACUUAUUUUCGCUAUAUAUAUGCCACAGCCCAAAGAGGAGAGAUGAAAAAUAGACUUAUAUAAAAAAAGGCACGAUGGGCCACCCGCGCCUUCGGGCCGGCCCGGCACGGCCCGACGGCUGGUGGUCGUUCCUGGGCGGGAGGCGCAGCCCAUGGGCCGGCACGGCCCGGCACGAAGUGCCGAUCGGGCCGUGCCGGCCCGAUGGCUGGUGGGCCGUGCCUGGGCCAGGCCGUGCCGGGCGGGCCAUCUAUAUCGACAGACAACUCCUGGAAGCAGCCAAAUCUGGUGAUUCCACAACGUUGAAGGAGGACAUGGCUGCCCGUGAAGCAGACGUGCUGCUUCGAACAACUAAGAACGGGAGCAACUGCCUUCACAUAGCCUGUAUCCACGGUCACCUGAAAUUCUGCAAGGACGCCCUCGAGAUCAACCAGUCGUCUCUCCUCGCCGCCGUCAACUCAUACGGGGAGACGCCACUACUCGCCGCCGUGACAAGCGGACAUACUGCAUUGGCUUCAGAACUACUCAGAUGUUGCAGUGAAUCUGGCUUGGGCGACGUGAUUCUGAAGCAAGAUGGCAGUGGAUGUAAUGCGCUGCACCAUGCUAUUCGGUGCGGCCACAAGGACCUUGCACUGGAGCUAAUAGCUAAAGAGCCGGCGCUGUCGCGAGCCGUGAACAAGGACAACGAGUCACCCAUGUUCAUUGCGAUGAUGAGAGAUUUUGCUGACAUUUUCGAGAAGUUGUUGGCUAUCCCAGACUCCUCUGAUGUAGGAUGCAAAGGUUUCAACGCUCUACAUGCUGCCGUGAGAAGUGGAAAUGCAGGUGAGAUUUUGUAGGUCGAGGAUUGCAAGUGGGAUGGGUUGUGGGCCGUCCCGCCCCGCCCCACACCAGCCGCAAACUGCAUGUGCGGGCAAACGGCAGCCCGCCCCGCAUGGCUUGGCGGGAUUGCUCAGCCCAACGGGCACCGCUGGACAGCC